GUCAUCGCCUUAUUUAUUUGGUGCGAUACUAUCAUCUACUGCGAAUCUAUGAUGAUUUGUGUGUAUGCUAGAUGUCAGUCGUUGUCACUACCGCAUGACCAACAUUGUUAUUCAGCGCAAUGUAAACUUCAGUUCUGCAGUCUGAAAUGUAGAAGUUUAGGUAAACAUGUAGGUGUGUUAAAAAAAGAAACAAGCGCACUUUGCCGAAACCUUAGUUGAAGAAUUACGGAGGCGAUUUCACAGGUGACGUCUGCUGCGACGGAAGCAGAAAACUCAGUUUACUUUAAUUUCUAAAGAAUAAGAUAGAAGACUGUAAGUAAUUCAAGAUGAGCAUGCUAACUGUAGAGGAGUGUGAAUUGCUGAGUGAUUCCAAGUAUCGCUCGUAUAUCAGUCAAGUGGAAAAAGCACUUAAGAGUUUCGAAUAUACCAGUGAAUGGGCAGAUCUCAUCUCUGCAUUAGGUAAACUUAACAAGGUUUUGCUGAAUCAUUUGAAAUAUCCAGUGAUACCCAAGAAGGUCACUAUUGGGAAGAGGCUUGCCCAAUGUUUACACCCGGCCCUUCCCAGUGGUGUUCAUCUCAAAGCGCUGGAGGCCUAUGAUAUCAUUUUCAAAUGUAUUGGGACCCAGCGCUUGGCUCAAGACUUGUUUGUCUAUAGUGCUGGCCUCUUUCCCCUCCUGGCCUAUGCUGCUAUGAGUGUAAAGCCGGUGUUGCUGACAGUUUACGAGAAACACUUUGUGCUGCUGGGACGGCAGAUCAAGCCAGGUCUAAAUGGACUUCUGCUGGGUUUGUUGCCAGGCCUUGAAGAAGGAGCUGAGUAUUUUGACAGGACAAACUCUCUCUUAGAAGAUUUCUGUGAGGCAGCAGAACCCCCUUUUUUCUAUACUGGAUUAUGGGAGUGCAUCCUAAGCCUGUCCAGUGUGCGACUGCCAGCUACAACUUUCCUUCUGAACCACUUCAACAAGCGUAGUACCAUGGAGGACCAGCUUCAUAUGAUGGGACUGGAUAUUGAUCUUGUGGUACAGGCAAUGUGCAGUGCACUGCAGGACUGCAGUGUGCUAGUGCAACGUAGCAUGCUUGAUUUUCUGCUGCUGGCCUUCCCCAUGCACAAUGGCCAGCUGACCAGGAAUGACCUUUCCACUGUAGUGGAAGCUGCCAUAAAUGUGGUUCUUCGGCGAGACAUGUCUCUUAACCGUCGUCUGUAUUUGUGGUUCCUAGGCAACAGUGCUAUGCACUCUCAGGCUGUUACAACUAACAGCACAAGCGAGACUGCUUCAUUCACACGCCGUGUGAGGGCCGACAGCUCCUCCACAACCAGUGAAAUGGACCUUAGUUACUUCCACACAUUCUCCAAAGAACUCCUGGUGAUGGCCCUUAAGAGAAAACUCUCCACUGCCGGUGAGGAGGAAAAACAAGGAGAAGAUGGGCACUUGCCUAUUCUGAAGCCAUUCCGUAUCCUUAUCAGCCUGUUGGACAAGCCUGAAAUUGGACCUGUGAUUAUAGAAGAUGUGCUGUUGUCUGUUUUCCGUAGUUUGUAUCGCUGGGGAAGUAAAGGUGAGGCAGCAAACUCCAGCAGUGAGGCUGCUAAUGCUCAGACCACAAGUGCACUUUGUCUCAGAGACAGCAAACAUAUAGAUGAGCUGAUUAAGACAGCUAAUCUACUGUUUGGGUCCUUUGAGUCCUACUUCAUUUGGGAAUUUCUUGGACGACUGUUCAGCUCAGCAUGCGAGCAGACAAGGCUACGAAGUCAGCGUUCUGUGUUGACUUUACCCAAUGAAAAUGAAGAUGAUGUCCAUAUAAAGGAGCUGUGCAAUAUUGUGGAGUUCUUGUUGGAUGUGAUAUCACUGGAUGUCUACCCAGAGACCACCACUGAGCAUGUCCCAGACUUGCUUUACCAAGUCAUCACUGCUGCCACUGGCUGCAUCAAGGCAGCAAGUGAUGCAGAACUGACUGCAGUCUUGAGCAUGUGCAGCAAGAUCUUGUCUCGAGUUCAGCCAUCCAUGGCCACACCCAGUGGUGAUGUGGAUCCUUUUGAUAGCGAGAGUUUAUGCAGGUUGUCAGAUGUGACAAGUUUUCACAAGCCUGAUGUAGAGUCUCCUCCCUCUGAUGGUAACAGUGGUGAUUGUGUUGACAAUACAUCUUUCGAUGCCCAUGGUAAAAGUGGUCAGACUGAUAGUAGCUGUUGCAGAGAUGGAUGUAAUGCUGGGAGGGUAGGUGAUGAUAAAGUUACAGAUAAUGUAGAGAACAAAAGUAGUCUUCCUAUGCCUGAAACCAGCAAAGGGAUUGAUCAGAGUUCUGAUCUUGCGGGCCGAGCUGAAAAUAUCCAUGUAGCUGACCAAGGUGAGGCUGCAGCUGAUUGCAAGAAAGAUGAUGACAGCCAGAAAGAUAAUGAAAAUAGCCAGAAAGAUGAUGACACCAAUAAAGAUGACAACAGCCAGAAAGUGUCAUCUGGUAAUGUGGGGCUUACAGUCCCACCCACAGUAGAUGACGUGGCAGUAAACGCAGAAAGUAUACAGAAUGUGAAUGAAUUUUCAAGCAAAGAAAACAGUGGUCAGAAGAGUGAGGAUGGGGACGAUGCUGUUAAUAGUAUGCCUCUGAAGUCCGCUACCAAGGACAGAGAUGUGCGAAAACUGUCAGCUAGUAGGCAAAAAAGUCGAGAUGACCGGUCAAAUGGUCAUCUCACCCUGAUGCAACAGUGCCUGGCCAGCUUUCAAGAACUUUUUCAUUGCAUAAUCACACAAAGGAUAUUGGAGAGCGAGGCAGUCUGUGAAAAGUUUACGGAACUUAUCACUCUAAUGCCAACAGACAGCGGCAGAACCUGUGAGCAGGACUCCGCGUAUGAUGCAAGCUCCACGUGUAGUCUUGACGACUCUAUCCGAUCUCGGCUGCAGGAGCUGAGAUCACAUCCCAGGAUCAAACCUAGAACAUGCACUGAACAGGGACAGGAUGCCUUCUCACGAGCUUGUCGCCUUUUGGUAGAUUUUGCAAGCUUUCCCUUGUACUGUGCUGACUACCAGACUGUUAUUGACCAGAUGUACAAUACAGAGGAGGACAAUUUUCUGCCCCCCUGGCUUCAGGAUCUGCUGACUUGUGCCUGCUUUGUCCAAAAUUUCCCGGUUCAAGCUAGUGCAGUCACCUCCAUGCUGGAGCUUAUUAUUCUUACUCAAUCAGUUCAGUCUGAGACCCGGGACAAGUCACGUGACUCUGGUCGCCAUUCUGUCUCUGAAGGGCGAGUGUCUGUUGUGAUACUGCCUGCAUUGCUACCACGCCACUUGCAGCAUAUCAAUGAAAACACAAUAUUCUAUCAGGUAACAGCUCAGGAACUGUGGAACCAUUUGGGAUCAGAUAAUGCAGAUGAACACCAUCGUACAGCUGAACUUUUCCAUACCCUCCAUCAGGUUACGCCCAAAGCCUGGAUCUGUGAAGACGCCAUUGGCAUGGAUCUUAUCAGUAAUGAUGAGGAUACCAGACUGCUGGCAUACAGGAAGUUCUCCAUGCUGUGGCACUUAACACGGAAUAUGAAGUCUGAACCUACCUUGAAGGAGGAACCUCGUACAUUUGACAGGUCCAUGUUUGUAUUGCUGGACAGUCUGAAGGAAGAGGGCAGUACAGCAAAAUCCUUAGCACUCACCUGGUUGACACAGGCUGUGCAACGAGGGGACAUCAGCCGUAUUCUCAGACCUAUACUGCUCAUGUUACUGCACCCAGAUACUGCCAGGAUUUCCAUUCAGCAUGUAAGUGUGCAAGAAACUAAGAAAACACCUGUGUCUGAGGUGGACAGUGAUAGCAAUCAUGAAGCAAACAUAUAUGCCAUUAGCAGUGAUGGAGGGAAUGUGACAUUUCAUGUCAACCAUAACCACUCAUUCAAGGCAUCUCACAAGUCAUCGGAGGACCUCAAGUCUUUUGCUAUGGCUGUAAUGAACGAGAAGGGUGGGCAGACCUCAACAGCUCCUGUUAGAGCUCAUUCUGAAGCAGAGCUUUCAUAUGAACGUGUUAAUCCUGACAAUCUGAAACUAAGGAUCAACCCAUUUGGGUCAGAAAACUCAUUGGACAAGUUAAUUUUUGAUGGAUUUGAUUUUCCCUGCAAAAUACAGAGCUCCAAUCUUAGUGGCGCCCGGCGACUGAACAAAGAGACCUGUCAGAAAGAAGGCAUCUUUUUCGAUGGGAAGGAAGAAGUUGACCCUGCACCAGAACUUUCCGAGGAUGUAUUUGCAGAAAAAGAAUCCACAGCAGAAUCUGUUGUUGCAGACAUAAUGGAGGAACUACUUAGUCGUGUGCUGCAGCAAGUUGCUGCCAAGGGUGGGCAGGAUGACGAUAGUCUGGGCAAAGGUCAGAGGAAAACAAGUCUGAUAUCUUCCUCAGGACAAAUGUGUGAUCAGGAUCUCUUGAAUGCUAUAGAGUCUGCUAGCCUUGAUGUGGACUCCACAUCCAGUAGUGAACUGGAUAUUCCACGAGUGACAGCUGCAGGACAAGAUGUCAGAGGAAGAGGUAUGGAUGGAAUAGCUUCUGGCAAAGGAACAAGCUCAGGCAUAAGUGGAGGAGGGGGGAGCACUCCUGUUGAAGAUGGGGAAGAACUGUCAGCCAUCCACCCACUGCAUAUGCACUUAUUACUGUACACCCAGCCGUACGAUUAUCGCCGUACUCUUUAUGCACUUAGCACCCUCCACUCCAUGUUGUCCCAGUGUCCACGCCUUGUUGUCACUGCUAUGGCAACCACCAGCAUCGCUGCAAUUCGAGCCCCACACUUACUCCGACUGCAGACACUGCUUGCACGCCACCGCAAGUCUGUCUUUGGCAAAAAUUUCUUUGGGGAGAUGUCACCAGAAGUGCUAUCCAGCUACCGAAGUAACAUGUUUCUGGAAAUUUUGAUCUCGCUGUGCCUAUACUGCAUGCGUGGGUACUACCCCAACUUGAUGGCAUCCCGUCUGACACAGGAGGAACUUCAGGGGAAUCACCUUGUUCAUUCCCAAGCUGCUGAGGUUCUGAUUCUCCUGCUGUCUGAGCUGUUGGCAAUAAUGCGAGACAGUGGCCGCAACUUUGUUUCAUACAUCUCAGACCUCUUGGCACGGUGCAAGCUGCAGAAGGCUCUUCUUCACACUUUGCUGGCCAGUGUCUUUAAUGCUCGCUUCAAACCGCACAGUGGGAAGAAACAACCCAGCCUGACAGAGGCCAUCAUUGAGUUUAAUGAGAGUGAGCAUGACCCUUGCGUGCAAGAGGCUUUCCAGCUUGGGCUGUUGCGUCUGAUUCUUGUCACCAUGAUGCUGGAGAACUGCAUCUCUUCUUGUGUUGGCAGCAAUCCCGUUGAUCCUUCUGCAGGGUCUGGCACAGAGUGGGAUCGCCUCCGAACAAGCAUGCAACACUCCUUGACAAGAGUGAGGUACCGGGCUACAGACCCCAUUGCCCAGCAGCCAAUGUUCUUGUCAGGUGUGCUGAGUGCACUGAAACAGCACCAUCUUUCUCACCUCCACCGCCAUUGGAUAGGACUUGUGACUUCUGCACUGCCUUUCAUGGGUCGGAGCCUCACCCGCAUUGUGCUCUGUGUGGUGGCCCAGCUGUGUCGAAAUCUUGAAAUUCUGGUUGCAGAGUGUGAGAAACAGACUCACAGUGGAAUGAAUGUUCCACCUGACCAUGUGAUCACUCUGCUGGAAGGACUUACAACUCUGUGCCAUUACUGUCUUCUUGACUCAAACGCCCAUGUUUCCAUUGGUCAGCCAGCCCCAGCCCCUACCAGUGUUGCUACGGAAACAGCCAGUGCUGGACACAUCUUGACAAACCUUAUUAAUGUUUUCAACCCAAUAAGCAGCAUUCGAGAGACAAGCCCACAGCGAGACAUGUCUCCGGUGUCACCAGUAAUGGAGGCUCGCAGCAACCUGUUGAGCAUCAUGCCACGUAUCAUGGCCUGCAUGGCCACCCUGUGGAAGGCAGUCAGCCAUGACGGAAUACCUGCAGUUACGACUUCCUCUCGCAGUCAAGCACACAAUGGUUUCUACAAAUUACUCAUGGGAGAUCCAAAGGUUGUGAGACAGUAUAUUCUGGAGCUUCUUAGCCCUAUAUCACUUCUUCAUGGAUCUCACUUGCUGGGGGCCUUUGCUGUAGCCUGGAAUGAUCGACGACAGAAGAUAGUGGGUCAAAGCAGAAAGGCAGGAAUUCUGGUGCCAACCUGUGAAGAUCAACUGUUGCUUGUCGAACUGGUCAGUGCUAUUAAAGUUCUGCCUGCAGACACCCUCAUCCAGACAGUCAAGAGUGUUCUUAAGCAGCCACCACAGACAGAACUGGCCAAGAACAAGAAAUCGGUGCCAUUGGAAGUCAAUGUGCUCCAGUUCUUCUUUGCUUACGUUCAGCGAGCCUCUGGCACCCAGCUGCUGGACUCAUGGCCAUCCCUCCUGACCUUGUUAAAGGAUGUUCUUCUGAUGGGGCUUCAGCCUCCAGCCACCUUCAUGCUUCUGUACAUUUUGAAUGACUUUGUACAGAAAGCUCCAGCAAUGGAAGAUAAAAAGUCACAGAAAGAUUUGCAGGACAUGACUCAGAAGUUGUUGGAGGCAGUCACUGCCAUUGCUGGGCUGUCCCUGCAGCAAACAACAUGGCUGCGGCGUAACUAUGCUGUGAAACCUGGGAAGCAGACAGACAUGGGGGAAACAGAAGAUGCUGAUAUUGAACAGGAGCAAGAAGAAGAAAGGAAUCAAGUGAAGGAGGUCAGUGUGGCACAGACCACAGACUCCAAAUACAGUGUGCAGGCAUUGCUUUUGCUAGCAGAGCUAACAGCACCAAUAUUGGAUGUAGUUUACAGCAGUGAGGAAAAGGAGAAAGUGGUUCCAUUCCUGACCACUCUGCUUCAGAACGUCUUUCCUUAUCUUCGCCAUCACAGUGGUGACAAUUUGCCUAGCUACCGUGCCUGCUCGCAGCUGCUGAGUAGUGUAAGUGGUUACCAGUACACACGCAAAGCCUGGCGCAAGGAAGGCCUCGACCUUCUGUUGGAUCCAAACUUCUUUCAGAUGGAUGGGCGCAGCCUGGCAUAUUGGAGAGUGGUUGUUGACAAUCUCUUCACGCAUGACCGCACCACCUUCAAGGACCUUAUGAGUCGUGUUGCAACAGCUCCAUCCGGUUCACUAAAUCUGUUUACCAACAAGGAACAAGAGUUUGAGCUGCGGGUCCAGUUGCUGAAGCGACUGUCUUUUGCCAUCUUAUGCAGUCCUCUGGAUCAGUACCAGCGCAAUAUGCCAGAGAUCCAAGAGCGACUAGCUGAGAGUCUACGUUUGGCACAGGUGCCAACCAUCAUGAGCCAGGUGUUUCUUUGUUUUCGUGUGCUUAUCCUGCGCAUGUCACCCCAACAUCUGACUUCUCUCUGGCCUACCAUGAUCACAGAACUGGUGCAAGUAUUUCUUCAAAUAGAGCAAGAGCUGUCAACAGAAACCGAUGAAUUCAAUCAGUACAUCAGGACACGAUCGAGUGAAAAUAAUGGACGUUCAGGUGGAUUUGCAAAAAUCUUUACAAAGAGGACACAACUGCAGCGGAUAGCGGCACUAGAUUCUAGCUGGGCGCACCUGGGUAAUGGCCUGAAUGCACACAACAAUCCCAGCUGGCUCAGCCUGUACUUGUCAGCCUGCCGACUCCUGGAUAUGUGUCUUGUUCUGCCAGCAGACACCGUACCUCAGUUUCAGCUGUAUCGAUGGGCUUUCAUAGGGACAGCAGGAGAAGAAAAUCGAGCUGCAGCUGAAGAGAACAAACCCAAACAAAAGGAUCGCCCACGUUUCACACCGCACAUUGUGCGUCUGGCUCGCUUGCUGAAUACUCGGCUACAACAGGACACUCCCAUUCUGCGUGUGGUCGAAGGGCGCCCUCUGCUGACUGUUGGAGUUCUGCGCUCCUUAGCAGAACUCCAACCAUUUUUCAACACCCUGUGCCUUUGCCAGUCAGAAAAGUCUGCAUCUCUUAAGCCAGCAGCCCCAUCCAUCACAGCAGGUCUUCAAGUGCCCAGCGUGGGCCUUUCAAAAUCUCAGUCUGCACCAGAGUGUCUGGAAUCAAGAUCCAUUGAUCAGCCACCCAAGACCUGUCGCCAGCAUGUUGAGGAGUUAUUGGAGAGAGACUUCCUCGAGCCAGUUUCUUGAGAUCUUGGUGUGUAGCUUGAAAAAAAUACAAAGUACUUUACGAAGGAUUAAGGAUCUGUGCAGAGUAGAGAACAGAGUUCUUUGUCACCUGGGUUUGUGAAAUGAAAGCCCAAGACCAGCAGUGCUGCUAGCAUUGUAUAUUCAGAUCCAGACAUGGUACAGAAUUGUGUCCAAACCAAACAGAGGCUACCACAAUCUGGUGGUAGUAAAAUCCUUUGUAUAGUGUUGGAAAACAUCAGCUUGAUCAUCAGCCUACAUGUUCAUUCCAUAGAACUUCCGUCAUGGUCUGUGAUUGGGUUGGAUGAAGAUGCAAAACAAUUUUUUCUUUUAUUUUAAUGAUGAUAAUGAAAUUUACCAUCAAGUGAAGAUGCUCCAUUCAAGAUUUGAUUGUUGAAAGAAUGGAGAAGAAUCAGUUUCCAUCAGAGAUCUUAAGAAGUUUGCAGGACCCUGCAUUGGGUUACCAUCUCUGUGAUAAUGUUUCCUUCAAGGCAGAUAAGCACAAACAAUUCCUUGAGCUUCCAGGUAAUCAGGUAACUAGUAAAAUUUUAUACAGCCAGAGAGCAUUUCUCAAGUCCUUAAGAGGCUAAGUGGUACUAGUGCUGCGAUACUACUCACUGCAUUCCAGAAACUGAAGGAACACAGGCUGUGUGCAUCUUUAUCAGUGUGAUGCAUCAACAGCAAAGAUCCGGAUGCUACUAUGGAUAAACCAGUUAAUUGUUUUAUCAGAGAACUGGGGAGUGUUUUUUGUUUAGUUCAAGUCCUUUUCAGCAUUAUCUUAGCAUGACCUAGAAUGUCAGGCACUAGUUAAAUGCUGAAAUGUCAUUGCGCUGGCAUAUAAUUAUGUAUUAUGUUUGUAUAAAGUUACAGUGUUGUUGCAAAGAAUGGAUGAUAUAAUUUAUUGAGUCGUGCAUGUAACAGCAUUGCUUCUUUUUGCUUCUCUUUUUUAUUUAUGAAUAUUGCUAGCAUGAUGACCAGUCAUUACAUUUUUGUUAUCAUGAUGUCCACUACAGUAAAAACAUGGCAUUUUGUCCAUGAUGUAAUCUUGCAAUGUUUUUUUGGCAAAAUAAUCAACUUGUAGUUUAACAAUUUUUUCUUUAAAUGCUAUUUUUAAAUGUUGCUGUUAAGAGAGUUCAUUUGAGGAUAUGUGAUUCCUGCGUCUUUCAGCGUUCUCAUGUUAAAACACUAAUAAGAUGUUGGUCCUAACUCGAGAUAUGGGACAGCUGUUAUGAUAGUAAACAUCAAUCAGAUGAGAAAGUAAUGGUAUUAUUGUGUUAUAAUAAUGCAGAUUAUUCUUUGAAGAAACAUACUUUACCAUUAAAUAUUCAUUUGUGAUCAGUGAGUAAGACAUAAUUAUGAAUGAGGGGUUAGGGUAGAGUGAGAGUGUGUGUAUGAGAAUACUUUAGCAUGUGUAACUGUCCAUGAUAGCUAUAUUCACCUGUGUCUUUCCUGAAAUUACUUCAAGAAAUAUGUGAUUGCAAACGUGCUGGGUAAGAAACUUCAGCGCAGUAAAGAGAGGUGGAUUGUUUAAAACUCUUUACCAUUCAGAUUAAUUCAAUUUGCAAUAUGACAGAAGUGUUAUUGAGAUAUAAAUGGUCUAUUUGAAGUAUGUGAUUACAUGUUGACAACCAGAUUUGAAUGCGGAGUUUAAUGUAGCAUGAUGGGGUUUUGUUUGCGUCACGUGAUGUUUUGUCACUGGACAGCUAUUUUGGGUUCUUUACUGGAAAUUUCAGCUGCAAUCAAUCAUGAUUAGAUAAACCUCAGCCAGAUUCCUGGAGCAAUCUUACAAGUCUGUAGCAGAGAAAGACACGUAAAAGAAAAGCAGUGGUAAUUUUGUAAGACAACAUGUUGCUUUUAGUAUUGAACCAGUAUGCUGAGGAAGUCAAGAACUUUGCCUGUUCAAAAUAAUCAAAAUGAGAAGUCUUUAUCAACUUAUGUAGCACACAUGGAAGAAAUAAAUUGAUAAUUAAAUUGCUAAUAUUGAAGCGUUCAGAUUUUGUAGACAAUGCACUAUAGGCCAAAUAUUGCCCAUCCAAAAAUCCUCAAAACAAGAAUUCUUUGUUACUUUUUGUAGUUCAGUUGAAAGAAACAAUUUUCAUUAAAUUACUAAUAUUGAAAUAUUGCAAGUGUUGAAGAGAAUUUGUAAUGCUUAUCAAAUUCUGAUUUUGCAGCGAUUCCAUUUCUUUGUUUCUAUCACCAGCGUUAUAGGACUAAAGUUUUGUAUCGAUUUUCAUAAAAAUGUAACCUUUCAUAUUGGUUUUUUUCCUUUCUUGUUGGCGAUCUUCUGGUCAGUGGUCUUGUUAAAUUAUAAUACAUAAUUUUGAUGCCUAUUGUACUGUUCUGAUUAUUUUCCUUGUGUUGAUUUCAGAUUGUUAUAUUUGUGUAUUUGUUGGUUUCUCCUCUAAACCUUGUGUUUCUUUGUAAUAGAUGUGCCCUUUACUUUAAUUUUGCCUAUGUUGACUGGAUUUCUUGGCUUACAAAGGUUUUGUUUGCUGUUUGCUUUUUUCUACAUCUUUGGUUGUGUUCAUCCCUCUCAGGUUCCUUGCUGAAGAAAGAUGAUUUUUUUUUUGGCAGUUCUCUGUGAUGAACAAAUCAUGUUAAUAAAUCAAUUUAUUUAAUUGAUAUAUACUGCACUAGUGCUUUUGUCAUCCAGUGAUAAGCAUCAUCCAAAUUCAAUAACUUAAUCUGAUUUGUGGGAUAUUUGUUAAUUUUAUUUCUUCUUAUUAACAAACACUGAAACAUUAUAGACUGUGUCUACUUAAGUUUGGUUUGGAUAUUAUUAGUAAAAUUGUAAAUUGUAUUUCCUUUGAUUGUUUCAAUGUUUUUUUAUAAUUGCUUACAUGGUUACAAUUGUGAAUAGGUCUUAAUGCCUUAUAUGGGACUUGCAGUGGGUUUUGUCUAAUCAUAGAAUGUCUUUAUUGGGUGUGUGCGCGCAUGCAUUUUUGCAUGCAUGUGCUUGUAUGUUUCAAUGUCUUUCAGACAAUGAACAAAAUUAUCCAAUGUGAGUUGAUUUCAGCAUUUUUUGGAAAGACUAUUCAUACUCUUGAGUGCAUUCCCUUUAAAAUGUUGCUUGAGACCCUCAACUAUAAACUUCCAGUCCCAUCAGCUUUUGUGUUAUUUUUACUGUUGUCUUUUACUUUAUUUGCUAAGCAGAAACUUGUCAUUCUGUUAUUCAAGAAAUCUUUGCACCUGCUUUUACUUGCAAUAGUUUUAAUGCUGUAAACUGGCUUAAAAAAAGAAGAAAAAAUUACAUACAGUUUGCCUUGGUCAUCUCCUUUCUAUGACUUUUUUUGGCCAGGACCUUCAUGCCAGACUUUUGACAGUUGCUUUUUGGGAUGCUCUUCUGUCAAGACUGUUACUAAAUACAUUUACUUGAUUGGCCUAUAAUAGGCCACUGCAGAAUAUCUGUGACUAACUAGUCUGGUCCUUAUUGAAUUUACUGAAGAGUUAAUUGUUUUCGGUAGAUAAGUUCUGCUUCUGUAACCAAUAAGAUGACAUCCUUGGCGGAUAUAAAUUUUGUUACCUAUAUUAUCCAAACUCGAUCAAGCUCCAUUUAAUAAUAGCUGUUUUGGUGGCAUGUCAGCUUAUUUGAGUGAGAAAAAAAUGAUACCUGCAUGUAUUUCAAUGUUAUCAUUAGCCUUUGGUGACAUUUGGGCUCUUUAAUGAGACUUCAGUAUUAGUUUGACUGUCACAGAAAUGAGCAUAUGUUGGUUUCUUUGUAACAUCCAUUACUAUUUCAGUGUACUCAUUGUAGCUAUGGUACUUGAAUUAUAUAGACAUAUGGGAAUACAGCAGUUCUAAACAGUGCUAACUGUAAAGUUUUAAAAGCAUGGACCAGAUCAGCUUCAAAAUAAUCUUUUUGUGUUUUUGGUAGAGGUGUUGAGUGACUUAUUCUUUGACCUAAUAAACUGGCAGUACAAGCAUGUUCUUGAUAGUUUCACAAGCUCGAUAGACCAUAAUUUGCAGUGAUAGUGCAUAGUCUACAUCCAAAAGGAACUGAUAUUAUUCAGGAGUGGUCUUAAAAACCAAAUGUUAGUGUUGUUAAUUAAACAGGAAUACAAACAUUUUGCACAUUUGUGAUGUUAAAUAAUAGAAAUGAAAAUGCAUAGACCUGUGAAAGUUAAAACCAUUUUAUCUUGACAUACACAUCAUUGUGGUAUAUUUUUAACCUACAACAUUUGGUAUAAAACUAAAGCAAUAUUAUGAGACACAUGCUCCACAUAUUUCAUGGGGCUAGCAGUCAUCUUGUUUUCCAAGAGUUUGGUGUUGAAAGAUUUAAGCCUAUAUAAACAGUUUUCUCUAUGUCGGUAACCCCACAACACUGUUCCUGGUGAAAAAAAUGAAAUGCCCAGUAUAUAGAAAUAAAUACCCAGUAUGUGUGUGACCUUUAGUAAAUAUUUUCUUUUUAGUAGUUUUUAAUUUCUUCUCACAGCAAAAAGAAAAGUAGAAUGUUUAAGCUAAUUUUGACAUUGAGCAACAUAAAGGUGAAGCUCAAUCUUUCACGUUAUUAGAUCAGGUGUGUGCUAGAAUAUAUAUAAAAAAAAAAACUAACAAAACACAUGAGUCUUGUAAAGGGUAAAUUUGCUGUUUAUUUCUGUGACUCAAUCAUUGGUUAAAGGGAAAACAUGAAAAGGCAGUGCAUUUUUCCAAAAUGAAGAAAUCUAUUUUUGAUGAGCAGUAUUUCCUGUGGCAAUUUUGUCCUAUGGGUGAUAGGUGUAAUUGUGCCAUUUGCUGAUAUUUUUCUGUAGGAAUAAUAAAUAGCCACGUUUUCUUUGUAAGUAAAUAGUGUAAUAACAAUAUUAAGUUAUUUUGGCUGGUAAAAGUUGUCUGUGCAUGCUGAUCAGUGUUGUAGGUACACUUGACUAUAAACACAAUGGUGUCAUUACCUGAUUGAAAGUGCUAAUAAAAUAUUGUUAUCAACAUU